UUGAAAAUUCAUAUUUUAUAUAUUUCUUACGUUACAUUGGUUUUUGCUUAAUCGUUUCUUCAUAAAACCAAUAUCGACAUGGCCAAUGCAGAUGAGGAUGAAGAACUUGUGAACGUCCAGUCACUACAGGAUAAAAUGGUGGAAAUCCCACCGGAAAAGGAAAAACAUUUUAGAGAGGUUCAUACACAAAAUCUGCUAAGCCAGCAACAACAGCUGGAAGGGCAACAUAAAUCGGAGUUGGAGGAACAACAGCGACAGCAAAAACUGAAGGAAGAGGAACGGCAAAAGAAGAAAAAAGAAGCACGCCGACGUGUGCAUGAUACGUGUGGCAGCUGUCCGGAACAUUUCUAUAGCAGCAAUAAAGCUAUUGCCGCCCAAGACUCCGACUCGACAGAGGUCGAAUCAUCGACGGAAGAGGAGGAACGUUGGAAGGACAUUGCGCGCGCUGCUGAAAUACCCGCUGACUAUUAUAAUAUACAGAAGUUGAUUAAGUACAUUAAAGCGGGCAAUCAAACGGCUACCAUUGUCUCACUCUGCUGCCUCCGGGACUAUGAUUUGCGCACACAAAUCAAUCAAAUGGCCGUACAUGAUAUUGGCGGUUUGGAGGUGUUAGUCAACAUACUUGAAUGUACUGAGUCCCACUGUUGCUUGGGAGCGCUUUAUGUACUCUCCGAGAUCUCGCUAAAUAUUGAUAUACGUAAGACAAUCGUGGAUUUAGGUGGCGUACCAUUGAUUGUGGAUAUUUUGAGCGCACUCUCGCGCGAUCUCAAGACAAUGGCUGCGGAAACGUUGGCUAAUGUGAGCAAGGUACGUUUGGCUAGAAAAUAUGUGCGCUCCUGUAAUGGCAUACCCAAGUUGGUCGAUAUGUUAGAUGUGAAUUUGCGUAUACUGAAAACUCCGCUUGAGGAGCUAAACGCAAGCGAUCUGGAAUGUUUGUAUAUGGCACGCGCGGGGGCACGUGCACUCUGGUCGCUCUCUCUCUCUCGCCACAAUAAGGAGCUGAUGCGUAAAAGUGGCAUUGUGCCAUUAAUGGCUCGCUUGCUCAAGUCCUGUCAUACGGAUGUGGUUAUACCUAUUAUGGGUACCAUACAGGAAUGCGCAUCACAGCCCAAAUUUCAACUGGCCAUCACCACCGAGGGCAUGAUCGCGGAUAUUGUUACGCAUCUGCAAUCGGAUAGUUUGGAUUUGAAGACCGAAGGCAGCACCGCUAUUUACAAAUGCGCCUUCGAUCAGACCACACGUGAUUUAGUACGUUCCGCUGGCGGUUUGGAACCACUUGUCGCCAUAAUCAAAGACAAAAAUGUGCGUGAUAACAAAAAGUUGAUGAUUGGCGCUGCAGGCGCCAUUUGGAUGUGCGCCGUCUCGGAUGCAAAUGUCAAGAAACUCGACUCAUUACGUCUCAUUAAUCAUCUUAUACCACUGCUGAACGAUGAUUCAGACGAUGUGAUUACGAAUGUGGUUGGCGCCAUUGCGGAAUGUGUGCGCUUCCAAAAUAAUCGCGAAGUUUUGCGUGCAGCUGGUGGUUUGCCAGCGUUGGUUUCACUACUAAAUUCCUCGCAUCCACCGCUUUUGGUUAAUUUGGCUAAGGCGCUGAAGGAAUGUGCUGAGGAUCUUGAUAGUAUGCGUAUACUAGAGGAUUUGGAUGCAGUGCGUCUGACGUGGUCGUUAUUGAAGAACACAGAUACACAAGUACAGGCAUACGCCGCUUAUGCCAUCUGUCCGUGUGUGCGUAAUGCGCGUGAGUCUGGAGAGUUGGUGAGAAGCUUGGUGGGCGCUAUGGAACUGGUUGUGGACUUGCUUAAGUCCCACGAUACGCAGGUGUUGUCGGCAGUUUGUGCCGCUAUAGCAACAAUUGCGAGGGAUACUACUAAUUUGGCGAUUUUAACGGAUCUCAAAGUGAUCUACAAGUUGGCUGACUUGGUCAAUACCAACGAGGAUAUGCUGCGUGAAAACUUGGCCGCUGCCAUAGCAAGCUGUGCUACAUUUGGAAAUAAUACACAGGAGCUGGGACUCUUGCGCACUGUCACACCGAUCGUUAGCUAUUUGACCAGCAACAAUCCAGCUGUACAUCGCACUACCGCCAUGGCGCUGGAGAAUUUGUCUACGGAUCCGCAAAAUUGCAUCAUUAUGCACCAGAGUGGCGUGGUGCCCUUCUUGCUGGAGUGUGUCGGUUCCACUAACAAAGAAACACAACUGGCUGCUGCCGGUUGCCUGCGCAAUAUACGCGAAUUGGCUUUGCGUGCCGAGGAGUAUCUGCUGAAAAUCGAUGAGGAGUAUUAACUGUACCUCGAUGCUACUGCUGUUGUUGAAAACUGUCGAUUUAUAACAGACGAAUGACGCAAAUCUUGGUGUCUUAUGGCAUAUUUGCAUAUAUUUUUUCUUAUUUAUUACUUGCCCUGGACUUUUGUGCGCGAAAAUGUAUUUUUGUCCAACAGCUUCUUGUGCACUGCAAUAAAUGGCAUUGAC